AUGUUCCAAGGCAUAGCCCGCGAGAAGAAUUUUGCUAUAAUCUCCACCUUGAAGGCAGGGAAACUACUGGACGAUGGAUAUAUCGGCUACCUGACGAAUGUAAUAGACAAGGAUAGAGAGGGGAUACCACCAAAUCAGGAAGUCGAGUUUGAGAUUGAGUUAAUUCCAAGAACUGCACCUAUUUCAAAGGCACUGUACUGGAUUGCACUAGCAGAGCUCAAAGAACUGCAAGAAGAACACGCCAAGCACUUGGAGCUGAUCUUACAACGAUUACGCAAGAAAAAAUUGUAUGAAAAAUUCUCCAAGUGUGAAUUUGGGUUGGCUAAAGUGAGUUUCCUAGGGCACAUGGUGUUAGGAGACAUAAUUGUAGUCGAUCCAGCCAAAAUCGAAGCAGUGAAACAAUGGAAGGCUUUGAAGAAUGCACAAGAAGUUCGUAGUUUCUUGGGUCUGGCAGGGUAUUAUAGGCGCUUUAUUGAUGGAUUUUCCAAAAUAGCUACACCUAUGACCGCACUAACCCGAAAGAACGUCAAAUUUGAGUGGACGGACAAGUACGAACAGAGUUUUCAAGAGCUAAAGACCAGAUUAACGACUGCUCCUGUACUCAUUAUUCCAAAUGGUACCAAGGGAUAUGCUAUUUAUAGUGAUGCAUCAAGCCAAGGAAUUGGAGCCGUCCUAAUGCAACACGGGAAAGUGAUCGCGUAUGCCUCCUGA